AUGUCUCUAGAAAGAGGAAGAAAGUGUAUGCAUACAAAGAUAGAAAGAAUAUUGAGGUAUGAAAAAUAUAGGAUGAUUUGGGAUAUAGGAUUUGGAUUAUUUGGAUUUACAUUAUUCAUGUUUGGACUCUUUUUCUGGGUGUUUUGUACAAGUAGAAAUAGAGAUGAAUACUAUGACAUGUCUGAAACAUUUGAGAAAAUACCAUUUAAAGAAGGUGAAUUUGAAUCUUAUAUUAAAUCAUUUCCAAGAUUUAUAUUUUAUUUAAUUAAAGAAACAAUAGUAUUUUUUAGAAAAAGAAGUAAAGAACCAUGUACAAUUUACAUUUAUAAAAAGAAUGCAUCUUUGGAUUUACCAUUAGAGUUUGAACAAGUGUUGGUCAAGGAUUUGGGAUACUCUGUCAAUAUUAAAAAAGGGUUGCCUCAUGCACCGGCACCCGAUUACCAUCACCAGGUGGGUAGCAAGACAUUCAGGGAUCCGUCAGAUCCAUGGGACGGUAUCAUACUCUAUGUUAUUGACUCGUCGCAGACACGGUCCGACCUAGUUGAUACUUCGGCCGACCAAGAAGACGUCAAUCGCAUCAUCUCUACCUACUAUAACCAUCGCGUGGUCUAUACCAUAGUCACUCGCAACUCUUCCAACGCAGACUAUUCAACCGAGCAAUCCGAGUUUGAAUGGCUAAACGACAAUAAUAUCCCUCACCUCUUUUUCGAAUUUACCAAUGGUUGGUUAAAUGCCAAAGGCUUAUCAUCAAUGUCUCAAUUAAAAGAUAUUGCAAUCAAUGUUUAA